AUGUGUUGCAACUACGGCAACUCCUGUGGCUAUGGCUGUGGCUAUGGGCCCUAUUAUGGCUGUAGUUAUGGACCUGGCUAUGGCUGUGGAUACGGCUCCUGCUGUGGCUAUGGCACCAGAUAUGGCUGUGGCUGUGGCUAUGGCUCUGGUUGCUGUGGCUACCGGCCAUUUUGGUAUAGAAGAUGUUAUUCUUCUUGCUGCUAGAACAUCACUGUCCAAGACACAUUUGCUUCUGAAGUGGCAUGGCUUAAGGGAGGGCUGAUUCAUUGAUUUAUACCCCAAGAUUUC